AUGUCCAACACCGGUCAGAUCUCGCCAUUGCCGCCCGUGACUCGGCAUAUCACCGGCCAUAAUGCGGAUGGCAAAGCCAUUGUGCAGUCCUCCACGCCGGGUGAAUGGAAGUCGUUCGAGGAGAGCCAGAUGGCCUUCAAUGUCGUCUAUACGACCUCCCAAUUCCCCGCCGAUCUGAACAAUGACGCGGACCUCGCCGCGCACGACAAGGUCCAGAAGUCAGGCAAGCUAGGGCUGGUCAACCCCAAGGGCACCGUCUGCCGCAUUGUCGAUUUCGCCCCCAGCAACCAGUGCGUGGUUCAUCGCACACAGAGUCUGGACUACGGGGUCGUGCUGGAGGGACAGAUUGAAAUGGUGGUGGAGGAGGGCGAACCGGUACGAAUGAAGCGCGGCGACAUCGCCGUCCAGCGCGCGACGAUGCACGGGUGGCGCAAUCCCAGCGAGACCGAGUGGGCGCGAAUGAUGUUUGUCCUGCAGGACUGCCAGCCGUUAACGGUAGCCGGCAAGCCGUUGAAGGAGGAACUGGGGAUCGCGGCCGGCGUGCUCAACCCAAGCGGGAAUGACCAGUAG